AAUGCAAAUUCCCAUGAUGAUGCUGCGACAUCCACCAGAACGCGAGCAUAAAAGCUCAUUCAGUAAUUAGCAUUAUGCUGUGGCUUUGCUCUCGUCGCACAACAAAUGCAUCAGAUCACGCACUUGCACUCACUGCUUUGCCUCUUUCGCUUCUGCCCUGCACACUUCAUUCAUGCUUUAUUAGUGUAUUAUACUAUCGUAUAGUUUCUGUUUCUACCGCCCUACCACCCAGAGCAGCUCAUCAUUAGGCUCUGGUGGUGGGCUGGCUGGCUGGAGCCACUCUGUGCAGAAUUAUUUUCCAGCGCUUUUCAAUUUUAGUCAGACACUAACCGCCGAGGUGUUCAAACGUUUUCCGACCUGGUCGCGCCUCAACCGAAUACUGCGGUGGCUUCACGCGUUUAGGUCUGCUGAUUCUUAACAAUAAUAAUUGUUGUUUGAACGCGAUCGACGGUUAAACUUUUUUUUUGAAUAUUUUCUGGGCUACUAAACCGUGGCUCAUCCUUAGAAAAGGCAAAUUUGUGGUUUAAGAUUAAUUAAGUCAUCUGUAGCAGAAAUAUUUGCUUGUGCGGAAAUUUACCUAAUAAUGUAGAGAAGAAUCAAGGAAACAUCGUUUAGAGCAAUAAUUAUUUGUUUUACACUCGCGCGUGAUUAAGAUGCAUUUCAACUGAGUUUGUAACGGCCACGCAGCCUUGUGGAAAAUGCGGUUAUAAUGCAUUAAUUUCCGUUUGCAACGUUCGUGCGUUCACUCGACUCAGGGGGUGGUAUAUCACUCAACAAGCAUAAAGUGUAGUGGCAAAGUGACAAAAUGGGAAUUUUACAACAAGCUUAAAAACAUAGACCGUGGAACUUGCAACAAGCACCACACGGAAAGAAGACCAAACUGUUAGUCGCAAGUGUGUUCCGAAAUACCAGAUCGCGAUCCAGAUAGCAGGGAGUGCAAUGUGCAAUGAAAAAUGCAGCUCUAGUAUCGCAAGUCCCACCACCAGCAACGGCACCUUCGUCAGCAUCAGCGGCAGCAGCUGUUUGCCACCUUCUUCCAGCGGAGAAGAACCACUUUGAAAAUGCUCUCCUUCGUUGCGUUUCUGACGGCGACGGCGGCGGCAAUCUUUGGCGCGGAACACUUCGGGGGAGGCAACUUUUAUGUUGGCGCUUUUCACCUGGAUGUGCAAAAAGUGAAUCACAUUGUAUUAGAUAACUCUAAGAUCGAUGAAAAGAAUCUUCAUCAGUUUCUGAAGGAGCACGAGAAGCUGCUACUAUUUGGAGAGAACGAUGCUGCUGCUGCUGAAGACUUUACCAUCGUUAGCGUGCGGCGAAGGAAACGAACCACGAGAUCUGCGGAGCGACUAAUUUCGUUCAACGUCAGCAACAGCGCCGUUGCGGAUUUCUCUGUCGAGCUGCGAAAGUCCAACAUCCUUAUAGACGACUCGUUUGCAUUUAUUGAGAGUUAUGAUAACUCCACCCAACUUUUGGACGAUUCGUACCAACUUGUUCAGCAAUACGCAGACUGCUUUUACCGCAAUGACCACGCCGCGUUCGAUUUGUGCGAGGGUGGCAUUCGAGGGUUACUCAAGUCAAAUCAAAGUGACUUAAUCGUUCACCCACUGCCAGAGCGGUUUGGCUCCUCAAGUCACGUCCUGAUCUACAGGAAUCGAACGACCGAUUCCGCUGCACCCAGCACCAACCAGACUGACGAACAUGUGAUAUUCGAGCCGGAUAUGGCUGCCUAUGAACCCACUUUUAACGAGCCCAGAGACAGACGCAACAAGCGCCACAUUAGCAAUAUCAAAGUACCGGACACGCUACACGUUGAGACUGCAAUUUUCAUCGAUAAAGACCUGUACCGGCACAUGUCGAAAAAUUUCCCCAAAAAUACCGAAGCUCACCUCAUUCGAUUCGUGCUGGCGAUGAUCAACGGAGUUCAACUGCUGUACAACCAUCCCUCGCUGGGACGUCCGAUUAACUUCAUCCUGAAGCGGCUGGAGAUCCUGCACAAUGACCCGAAGGACCUUCGUAGAUCCAGCGACAUCGACGUCUACCUGAACAGCUUUUGCGGCUGGCAAAGGAAGCUAAAUCCGAUUUCCGACGCAGAUCCGGUGCAUUUCGAUCACGCCGUCAUACUGACCGGCCUGGAUUUGUACGUGGUUAGUAAAACGGGCAAGGUGAGUAACCAGGUCGUGGGAUUGGCCCCGGUGGCCGGAAUGUGCACAAUGACGUCCAGCUGCACCAUCAACGAGGGAAAACACUUUGAAAGUGUGUUUGUGGUGUCGCACGAGAUUGGUCACAACUUAGGUAUGCGACAUGAUACUUCCGAAAACAAUUGUGAUCCAAGUCUUUACAUUAUGUCACCCACACUUGGAAGUGGAAAAAUCACGUGGUCAGCAUGCAGUCGCAACUACCUGAACACAUUCCUAAAAACCAGCCAGUCGGUGUGCCUCUUCGAUCGUGGCCACGUGGCGCCCAACCUGGACCACAACGUCGAAGGCAAGCUACCCGGGGAACGGUUCGACGCCGACCAGCAGUGCAUGCUCAAGUACGGCAAGGACAGCAUCCGCUCGCAGUCCCAGAACGUGGCGGACAUUUGCCGCGAUCUGCACUGCCAGCGCGAUCGGUACACGUGGACGUCGCAUCCGGCGCUCGAGGGCACCGCCUGCGGGACGUUGAUGUGGUGUCGAAGUGGGGUUUGCGUUUCUAAAAUUCCUGGCCUAACCAUCCAAUCAAGUGGAAAGCACAUCACUGCCUUCAAAACGAUCGACAAGAAGACGUUCAUCCAGGGGCUAAAGUUUGCCAGCUUGAAGCAAGACACUGCCCGGACACUGAACUCAGUGCCCACGUGGGAGGCUUGGGGCAACCCAACGGAGUGUGAAUCGGGAUGUCUCUACGGAGAGUCUGGUCGGCUGAAGGAAGGCAGCGUUGGACUGCGACAGUACAACAGAGCUUGUCGCGAUAAACGAAACAGUUGCCCAGGAUCUAACAAGAAAUAUGAAACGUGUAUUGCCAAACAGUGUUACAACAUUGCUCGCACUACGAUUCUGGAGUUUGCCAACCAAAUUUGCGGCCGUGCGAAGGAGUUCGAUUCGGACAUUCUGGGGAUGGGGCUGCAAAAGGUGGCGGACGAUGCCGAGGAUGCGUGCAAGGUUUUCUGCGAAACCAAAUCCGGCACGCCGAAAACGAAGAGUUGGAUCUUCCCCGACGGAACGGCUUGUCGGGUGCAGAGUGCAGAUUUUGACGAUUAUUUCUACUGCAUUGGGGGAAGGUGUCAGAAAUUUUCGUGCAAUAAUUCAGCUGACAACUUCCAUCGCAUUGAUUCAACGUUUUGUCCUGAUAGUUUUACUUCUGCGGAUAGAGUUAGUAACAGUAUUCAACAGGAGAAUGGACGUGACUAUAAAAGUUUAAAUUUGUUAAAAGAAGCUCAACCGACUAGCAGAAAGCCAGAAAACGUUACUCAAAAUUCGGUUGUCUACAACUUUCCCGAGCGAAAGCGUUUUCCCGAGGCGAAUUUCUACAAAGCCGACGCGUACAGUCGCUGGAGAGCACGCAACUUUGAACCGGUCAGCUACGACCGCAACUCUCAGCUCAGAUUGCGCAAAAAUCAGUGGGAGGUGAAAUCCGGCUGCCACUUCAACUGCAUGGAGAAAUCAAAGGGCAUUCAAAUCGUGGCCUCAAAGAUGGACAUCCGAACCAGCAUUCAGCUGUGCACCCCAAAUACAAUUGCUUGUGAUAAAAUGCAAUCAACGUACGAGUAUGCCACGAGGUUGUGCAAACGGUACCAGCAGAAGGUUCGUGGCCUGUCUGGAACCGGCAUGCAAAUUGCAGCCAGCAUUGAGGACCCAGACCGGUCGUGCCGUGUGGCGUGUCAAGACGGGUUCAUUCGACAUCGAUUCUACCUCGUGAAUGGGGAGCAAGGACACUUUCCUUUCGGGACGCGCUGCAACCUUGACGAGCCGAACCGCUUCUGUGUCAAUGGAAAGUGCUUGCGAUUCGGUGAGGACGAUACGCCCGUCAACGAGUUGUACAACAGCUUGGCACAUUUGCGAGCGAAACGAAGUCUCAGCAGAGUGAGGAGACACUUUGAGUUUUACUCACCGAUUAACAUCACCGAGCGAAUCAACCAGGAAUAUCUGGACAAUUUGAUUGCGCACAUCGAUUUUGAGAAAACGACGGGAGACGUUUACGAAGACAGCAUCGAUUUCAGAACUCCAAUAUAUUUUAGUCCGUGAUGCAUGCAAUACAAAACUCCUAGUAAAAUAUUAGUCUGUAGGCCUACACAGACUUUUUAAUGAAAGAAACAUAUCUUUUGUAAACUAUUUAUUUGCUUAAUUUACGCAUAUCGAAAUUAAACUUAACGAAUACUAA